AAAAUUACCAGCGAAAAUCGAAACAUAUUCCCCAUUCCCAGAAAGAGCGUUGUUAAAAAACUAAACUUGGUGCUGGUGCUUGGUGGUUGGUGGCCAAGCAAACAAAAACGUUUGCGUCCCCUAACCUGAUCAUUGGAAUAUUGAGUGCAUCUUGUCGGUCAAAAAUCCUCUUCAUCCAUGGCGUAGUUUGUGUUCUACAAGUGGUGGAUUUAAUUUAACAUCAUAAGUACAAAUUAUUGAUUAACGACAUAUUAUUUAAUACUAAUUUUAUCAACUAUUUAAAUAAUGCUUUAACAAAUUUAUCAUAUUGACAUAAGGUAUUGAAUUUAUUAUUUGUUUGAUAAUUUAAUCUUGUUGUGUUAUUUGGCACUGUUUGGCACAACGAGAGUGUGAUUUUAUCCGGAGCAAAAUGGAUGAUAUUGUCGAGUUGGACAAUAUUAAAAAUGUUUGUAGAUUAUGUUUAUCUACUGAUGAGCCAAAAAUUGAUAUUUUUGGUAUCAAAGAAUCAUCACUACCAUUUGAUGAACUAAUUCAUCAGCAUUUAUUAAUUGAGGUUGCAUCUGAUGACAAAUUGUCAACGCUAAUUUGUGAAGGAUGUAUUGAUAAAGUCAAAGAUUGGCAUAUUUACAAGGAAUCUUGUAAAAAAUCACAGGAAAAAUUACAACAAUGGCUUGUAAAAAAUAUCAGCAAUAACAGUUUAAAUAUGGAUCCCAGUGUAAAGGAUGAUACUAAUGUAAAAAGUCCAGCUGAAUUAUCACAAGCAGAUGUAUCAGUUGAAGAUAUAAUUCCAGAAGAAAUAUCAUCAAUUGAAAAUGAUAGUACAUUAAAUACAACAAUGGAUGAUGUAUCAAUGGAAUCAAUUGAAGAAGAUUCACCAGUAAAAAAUGAAGAAUUAAAAACACAAAAAAAUACAAAAGCUGAUAAAAUUGAAAUAAAGCGUGAACCACAUGAUGAUUAUGAUAAUAUUGAUGUUGAAUCAGUUGCUGAUAGUGAAUUAUUAAUAAAUCCAAUGGCAGGUGUAACAAAUAAAAUUAUUGAGCCUGAUUCAACACAAAAAUUUACAAAAUCUAAAAAAAAAAUACGUCGUGGUUUACGUACACAUUUUCGUGGUGUUAGAGCAUUUAAAAAAAAAUGUUCACAUUGUCAAGUUAUAUUACAUUCCAAAUUUUCAUAUAAAAAUCAUAUGCAAAGAUAUCAUAAUGAUGAUAAUAAUUUAAUUGAAAAUAGUGAUAAUAACACAAAAGAAAUUGAAACUGGUAAUUCAACUGAAGAUGAUGAAUAUUAUGAUGGUGAAAAACAACAAGAACAACAACAACAACAAAGUAAUGAAGAUGAUGAAGUAAUGGAUGAUGAAGAAUCAAUUGAAGAUGUUGAAGAUGAAUUAAUAUCAAUGGAAAAAAAUGCACCAUUAACACAAGUUCAAGAAAAUAUAAUAAGUCAAUUAAAAACAUUUUCAUGUUAUUCAUGUCAACAAGUAUUUAAUGAUCGUCGUAGUACAUUAAAUCAUAUACGACAACAUAUGCCUGAUUUACGUCCAUAUACAUGUAUUGCAUGUUUAACUGAAUUUCCAGAUCGUUCAAUAUAUAAAUUACAUUGUGGUGCAUCAUUUGAAUGUGCUAUGAAAAUAGCACUUGUAACUCCAAAACAUGGUACUGAAAAAUAUUUUACAUGUAAUAUGUGUUUACGUCCAAUGCCAAAUAGAAAAGAUUUAUUAACACAUUUAUCAAAACAUUCUGAUCGUCAAUAUGAACAAUUAACAGCACCACAAAAAACACCAAUUAAAUUAAAAUCAACAACAACAACAACAACAACUACAAAUAUAGAAAAAACAACACCUAUGAAUAAUAGCUCUAAUAAAAAAACAAAUAAUAAAUUAAUAAAUCCAUCAUUGCUAUUAGGACCAUAUCAAAAUGGUGCUCCAUCUCAUAAUCAUACAUGUAUUUAUUGUGGUAUGAUUUAUAAACAUAAACCAAAUAUGUUAAAACAUCGUGAAUUAUGUCAACGUUUACCACCACAUGAAAGAAAUUCAUAUCAUUGUGCUCAUUGUGGUUUAACAUUUUUAAUAUUUAAAAAAUUUCAAUCACAUACUAAUACUGAACAUCGUCGUAAAGAAAUAAUAUGUUAUUUAUGUGGUUCAAAAUAUAAACAUGCACAUGAAUUUUUAGCACAUUAUCAAGAACAUCGUGAUUCAAAGAAUGAUAAUAAAAAUAAUAAAAUAAUAAAAUAUGGUUGUCCAUUAUGUCCAAAAGAAUUUACAACACAAAAUCAAUUACAACAACAUAAAACAUCACAUUUAAAAUUAAAAAAUACAGAUAAACCAUUGACAAUUGAUGAUGAUUUAAAAUUAAUUGGUGAUUGUAGUAUGCAACAAGAGCAACAAGAGCAACCACAACAACAAGAUACACCAAUAUUUUCACCACCAAGUGGUGAACCUGGUUCAAGAAGUACUGAAUGUCGUUCAUGUGGUAAAAUAUUUGCAAAUUAUCCAAAUUUAAGAAGACACGUUAGAACAGCACAUAUUAUUAAUGGAAGAUUUUGUUGUCCAAAUUGUACAAAAACAUUUACCAGUGAAGAUUUAUGGAUACAACAUGGACAACGUGCACAUCCACGUGAUAUUGAAGCAUCAACAAUAUUAAUAACAUGUCAACAAUGUAAAAAAGUAUUUAAUGAUGCUGAACAACAUUCACAACAUUUAAUUGAAGAACAUGGUAUUGAUGAAGAUGAUCAUUUAGCAUGUGAUAUAUGUGGUAAAAGAUUUAGUAAUGAAACAUCAUUAAAAAUACAUCGUGGACAUCAUUUUAGACGUGAUUCACGUUUAAGUAUUAGAAAUAUACCAAAUCCAAUGGAACAAGUACAAGUUGAAAUUGUUGAAGGAACAAAUGAAUUAAAUUUGAGUCCAAUUAAAAUUGAUAAAUUAACAUCACCAUCAUCAAUAAGAUCAUCAUCACCAUCAAAAGUUAAAAAAAAUUUAAUGCUUGAUAGUUUUAAUGAUUUAUCAAAUGAUGAUAAUAAUGACGAUGAAGAUGAAAAUGAAGGUGACGAUGAUGGAAAUAAUAUUGAUGAUGAUGGUGGUGAUGACGUUGAUGAUGAUGAAGCAAAUAAUGAUGAUAUUGACAAUUCAAAAAGUUUACAAUGUACUGUUUGUAAUAAUAAUUUUAAUGACAUACAAGAUUUACGUAAACAUUUAGUUGAUGUACAUUGUACUGAAAAUAAAAUUGAUGAUUCAUUUAAUGAAGAAUUACAAUGUAAUUUAUGUACAAAUAUAUUUAAUGAUGAACAAUCACUUGAUGAACAUAUGAAAUGGCAUAAAGAAGAUUCAUUAUUAAAUGAUGUUGUAAGAGCACCACCAGAUAUUAUGUGUGAUAUUUGUGGUAAAUAUUAUUCAUCAAUUAAAUCAUUAACAAAACAUAAAAAAUUACAUAAAACAAAUUCAGCAAAUAUAAAAUUUACAUCAGUUAAAAAACCACCAAUAACAGCAUCAUUUCCAUGUCCAAUAUGUAAAAAAGUAUUUAAUAAUGAAAAUUCAAUGAAAAAACAUAAAGCUGGUGCACAUUAUGCUAGAAGAACAAUUGCAUCAAUAGCUGCAGCUGCUGCUGCUGCUGCGGCAGCAUCAACAUCAACAACAUCACCAUCAAUACCAUUAUCAGUAGCAACACCAUCACCAAGAAAAUCAUCAACAAAAAGUGAUGACUCUGAAAUACGUCCAAAAAGACCAAAACUUGAUUUUGAUAUUAUUAGAAAAGCAUAUAAUUUAGGUGAACCAUCUGGUAGUAGUGUUGGUACACCAAAUACAUCUAAAAAACCAGUAACAUGUGGUAUUUGUAAAAAAUUAUUCCCAACAAAGAGUUCAUUAUAUAAACAUCGUUCAAAUGUACAUAAAAUAACAUCAAAAUCACCAGCAAAAAAUAAAACAACUGAUGAUAAUAAUGAUGAUAAUGGUGGUGGUGCUAGUGGCAGUGUUGCUGAUGAUGAUGAUGGUGUACAAUGUUCUGAUUGUUUUAAAAUUUUUUCAAAUAGCUCAAAUAUGAGACAACAUUAUACAAAAGUACAUGGUAAUGGUGAAAAACAUUAUUGUACAAUUGAUGAUUGUAAUGAAGAAUUUGAUACAUCUGUUGCUAAACAAUUACAUGAAAAAAGUCAUAUGAGUAUGUUAUUUCAAUGUAAUUAUUGUGAUAAAAAUAUGUUUAAUCGUGGAGCAAUUGAUAGUCAUUUAUUGACUGAUCAUUCAUCAAAUGUUAAUGAUGAUAAUCUUAAUGAUGAAAAAAAACAUUUUAAAAAAGUUGAUUUAGAUGAUUAUGAAGUUAAAGGAGCUGAUGGUCGUGUUUGUCCAGUUUGUCUUAUUAAAUAUCCGAAUAUUAAAGCAUUGAAAAUUCAUUAUGUUAAAAUUCAUGAAGGAAAUACGUAGAAAUAUUAAUUAACAAUAAUAAUAAUAAUCGUAAAUCUUAAUAAUUAAAAUAAAUUAUCAAUAAGUAUGUAUGGUAAUUGGAAAAAAAAACUACUACUGUUUCUUGUUUUUUUUUUUCUCUGCGUCAAUGUUUUUCUUUUUUUUUAUUUUUAAGAAAAAAGAAAAUAAGAAUGAAAAAAAAUAUUUAAUUUCAAUAUUGACGAAGGGCAAUAUGCGUGAAUUAAAAUUUGAUGAUUAAAUAUUUUUUUUUGUAAAUAAAAUAGUUAAUUUUAUCUUUAAAAGUUUCCAUAAUCAAUUAGUAAGCUUUUUUUUUUUUACGGCAAAGAAGAUUAUUAUGCUGAUGUAAUAAAACUACAAACUAACAUAUAUAAUAUUCUUUAAUUAUUAUUUUUUUUAUUAUUAAAUUGAUAAUUCAAUUUUCGUAGAUAUUGUUUUUGUGUUUUUUUGUUUUUCUCAAUUUUGUUUUUACGUAUGAUUUGCUUUGUAAGUUAUUAAAGAGACAAUAAAUAUAAAUAUUUUCUUACAGCAAAAUAAUUGCUGUUUUGUCUUGAAAAAUUGAAUAAUAAUUUUUUUUUUCUCUAUUUCAUUAGAAUUAAAUUGUUCUUUUCUUAUUUUAAACAUAUACAUGAAAUAUAUUAAACAAAAUUUGAUGGGCUUUAAUUAUUAAUGAAAAAUGUAAUUUAAAAAAAAUUAUGUAAAAUGCUAUCAUAAAAUAAAAUGCAUGACAGUUUAAUUAAAAAAAAAAAAAUA